GGAUCCUCCGCGCAGCCGGCGGGGAUGGAGGCGGCGGGGGACGGCGAAGGACCGGGCUGCGGCUGCAAAGGGAUCCGCUCCUGCCUGCUCUGCGAGGGGCCCGCGCAGGCCGCUCCGCCCCCCCAGGAUAAAGAUGUUACUAAGAAGGAAAAGCAGGUUCAAACCUGGAGCUCUAAGAAAAUCAGGGAAGAGUUGUCCCCUCAAAUCACUCGUGUCUACAAAAAAUCCUGUCCAGACAGUUUCCAUGCUGCAAGCACCAAAGUUGCAGGGGGAGAAGAUAAUUUCACUUACUGUCCAGCAACAGGCCUAGCUAUAGGAAAUGAGCACUCAGAAUUUGCUGGUUGGGCAUUUCCAUUUCCAGGAGUGUUUCUGGCUGAGGAGUUCAUUAGCCAAGAUGAAGAAUCAGAAAUAGUUGAACUGAUGGAUCAGGAUGAUUGGAAACCAUCACAGUCUGGCCGAAAGAAACAGGACUACGGACCCAAAGUGAACUUCAAGAAACAAAGGCUGAAAGCUGGCAGCUUUACUGGUUUGCCAAGUUUUAGCAAGAAGCUUGUGGCACAAAUGAAGGCCUGCUCUGUCCUGGGUGGUUUCUUCCCUGUUGAACAAUGUAACCUGGACUACAUGCCAGAAAGAGGGUCUGCCAUCGACCCUCAUUUUGAUGACUGGUGGCUUUGGGGAGAACGUCUUGUCAGCUUAAACCUGCUCUCCCAAACUGUGCUCUCCAUGUCCUGUGACUCAGAGGACAGCAUCCAAUUAUUCCCCACUUGGAGUCAAGAAAACAGGGAACGGAGCCCCCUGGGAUCUCCCAGGCAGACAUCAGCGUGCAGAAAUCCAGGUGAAGAGGGAAAUGACUGCGUUUUAUCCCCCAGGUUUGUUCCCAGUAAAGAGGUGACUGUCGCCAUCCACUUACCCCGCCGGUCCCUGGUGGUGCUGCAGGGAGCUGCGCGGUACAAAUGGAAGCACGGGAUUCACCGCAGGCACAUCCAGCACCGCCGGGUCUGUGUCACCUUCAGGGAGCUGUCUGCAGAGUUCAGCGCCGGAGGCAAACAUGAGGAGCUGGGUAAAGAGCUGCUAGAAAGAGCCCUUUCGUUUCAAGGAAGGCCGGUGUGA